GCGUGGCCUUCCAUUCCAGGAACUGAGACGGAAUCUGCCUCAGAAUGUACUACGGACACUGACUCUGCCUCCAACUGUGGCUCAGAGACCAGUAGCAUGGCUACAGGGAGCGCCCAAGGCCACUUCACUGGACAUACAAAGAAACCGAACGGCAAUAAUGGCGCCAACGGAGCACUCGUCCAAAGCCCUUCUACCCAGAGUGCCCUUGGGGCGGGCGGGGCCAACAACGGCCACGCCGGCCGAGCCUGGGGGGCGGCGGCGGCGGGGGCGGGCCCCGGCCCGGCCCACGGCUCGGCCGGCGAGGGGAAGCCGGAAGGGGCGCCGGGCGACGGGCGGGGCCCGGGCUGCUGGGGGGCCGCCGGCUCUAACGGGGGCAUCAACCUGAACCCCAGCGCCAACCCGGCCGCCUGGCCCGUGCUGGGCCACGAGGGGACCGCGGGGACGGGCCACCCCGCCGGUAUCUGCGGCCCGGCCGGGUCCCUGGGGCCGGGCCUGGGCCAGCAGAACGGGAGCCCGGCGGGCCCCCUGGGGGCCUGGGGCAGCCUGCUGCCCCAAGAGAGCACAGAAGCACCAACGUCCGCGUCUCAGAAUGUGUCUUUCAGCGUACAACCUCAGAACCUUAACACUGACGGACCAAAUAACACUAACCCCGCGAACCCCCUGGCCAACCCUAUCAAUGCAAUGCAGAGCAACGGACUGCCCAACUGGGGGGUGGCAGUUAGCGUGGGGGCCGGGGGCCCGCCCCACCUGCCAGGCCUUCCCGGUGCUAACGGCUCAGCGGGCCCCCCGGCCGGCGGAGGGGACGGAGGGAGCGGCGCGGCCUGGGGGGUGGCCCCGGCCCACCCCACCCACCCGGCCGCGGGCAACGGCAGCUCCGGGUUCGGCCAGGGGAACGGAGACACUGUGAACUCGGCACAAAGUGCUAAACCGAACGGCUCCGGCGGCGCCGGGCCCAAGGAAGGACACGGAGCCAACGCCUGGGACUCGGGCCCUCCGGCGGGUCCUGGGACUCCGGCGUGGGGCCGGGGCCCCGGCGGCGGCGGGCACUCGGGGGCCUGGAGCCACCCCGGCAGGAGCGCCGCGAGCGGGGCGAACGGCGAGUGGGGCAAGGCCCCCGGUCGGCAUUCCCCCGCUGAAGGCCACGGGCGAGGGUCGCCGGGGUGGGACGGCCCGAGCGGGCCCGGCCAGCAGGGCGGCGAGCAGGGGGGCGGCCGCACCCGAGGGGCGGCGGCGGCGGCCCCGGGCGCCGCCGGCUGCGAGGGGAACUGCGAGGGUCCCGCGGGCCCCGGGGAAGCCGGCUCGGGCCGAGACGGGGCCGGCGAGGGCCGGAGGCGAGACCGGGGGCCGCCCGACCCGGGGCCGGUCCAGCUGCCGAGGAGCGACCUCGAUCCCCGGGUCCUGUCCAACUCCGGCUGGGGCCAGACUCCGGUCAAGCAGAACACCGCCUGGGAGUUCGAGGAGUCCCCGCGGUCCGAGCGGAAGAACGACAACGGGACGGAGGCCUGGGGCUGCGUGGCCCCUCCGCCUUCGAACCCCGGGGCGGGCAAGCACGACGGGCCCGUCCUCAACGGUACAAAUACCUCUUCAGUAUCCGGGUGGGCCAGCGCGCCCCCCGGCCCCGCCGGCCCGGCCGGCGCCGGCUGGGGAGACGGCCCCAAGGCGGCCAACAGCCAGGCCGGGUGGGGGGACUCGAUCGGCUCCACCGCCGUCAGCGGUGCCGCCGCCGCCAAGGGCGGCCACACUUGGAGCGGACCCGCCAGCCAGGAGGACAAGUCGCCCACCUGGGGAGAGCCUCAGAAACCCAAAUCUCAAACCUGGGGAGAUGGACAGAAGUCGAAUCCCGGCUGGACCUCGGGAGGAGGGGGAGGCGGAGGCGACUGGGCAGACCCGGCGGCCUCCGGCUCGGCCCACCUGGGCGACGGGAAGAAGAACAGCGGGGCCGGCUGGGACGCCGACGGCCGGCCGGGGGCCGGCUGGAACGAAGCCACCAGGCCGGGGGCCGGCGGGUGGGGCGGCGGCACCGGCACCAAGGGGAACCCGGGGCCCAACUGGGGCGAGUCCCUGAAGCCCGGCCCCCAGCCGGGCUGGGCCGGCAAGGCCCCGGACUGCGGCGUGAGCACCUGGGGCGGGGCCGCCUCGGUCAAGCAGACCGGCGGCUCGGGCUGGGUCGGCGGCCCCGUGCCCGCCAAGCAGAAGGACGGCGGCGAGGCCACCGGGUGGGAAGAGCCUUCUCCUCCGUCCAUCCGACGCAAGAUGGAGAUAGACGACGGUACCUCGGCCUGGGGCGACCCGAGCAACUACACCAACAAGACCGUAAACAUGUGGGAUAGAAACAACCCCGUCAUCCAGGGCGGCCCCGCCGGCGGCCCCCCCGCCGCCAACAGCCACCCGGCCGCGGUCGACAGCCCGGCCCCGCACCAGUCGAGCACUCAGCUCAACAGGUCACCGCUGCUCGGACCAGUGUCGGCGGGCUGGGGAGAGAUGCCCAACGUCCACUCGAAGGCCGAAGCUUCUUGGGGAGAGGCCUCCUCGUCGUCCUCCUCCCCCUCCGCCACCGUGGACAACGGCACGUCGGCCUGGGGGAAGCCGCCCAGCAGCGGCACGGGCUGGGGAGAGAAUCCGGCCGAGGCGGCGGGCUCCUUUGCCAGAGCCAGCGCUCCGGCUGCUGCCCCGGCCCUGUGCAAGCCAGCUUCAAAAUCUAUGCAAGAAGGCUGGGGCAACGGUGGGGAUGAGGUGAACCUCAGUGGUAGUCAGUGGGAAGACGAAGAAGGCGAUAUGUGGAAUAAUGCUGCUUCACAAGAGAGUAACUCCUCCUGCAGUUCCUGGGGGAACGCCCCGAAGAAAGGACUUCCUAAGGGCAUGAAGACAUCUAGUAAGCAAGACGAGGCCUGGAUCAUGAACCGUCUGAUAAAGCAACUCACAGACAUGGGCUUCCCGAGAGAGCCAGCUGAAGAGGCCUUGAAGAGUAACAAUAUGAAUCUAGAUCAGGCCAUGAGUGCUCUGCUGGAAAAGAAGGUGGAAAUGGACAAGCGUGGAAUGGGAGUGACCGACUACAACGGACUGGUCACCAAACCCCUCGGCUGCCGCCCCCCCCCAACCCCCAAAGAGUCUUCCAUGGACCGCCCCACCUUUCUCGACAAGGAUGGCGGCCUAGUGGAAGAGCCCACUACUUCACCAUUUUUGCCUUCACCAAGCCUGAAGCUCCCCCUUUCGAACAGUGCACUCCCUAAUCAGACCCUGGGCGGGAUUGCCUCCGGGCUGGGCAUGCAAAACUUGAAUUCUUCUAGACAGAUACCGAGUGGCAAUCUGGGUAUGUUUGGCAAUAGCGGAGCAGCACAAGCCAGGACCAUGCAACAGCCGCAGCAACCGCCAGUGCAACCUCUUAACUCAUCCCAGCCUAGUCUUCGUGCUCAAGUGCCUCAGUUUCUAUCCCCUCAGGUUCAAGCACAGCUUUUGCAGUUUGCAGCAAAAAACAUUGGUCUCAACCCUGCACUAUUAACCUCGCCAAUUAAUCCUCAGCAUAUGACGAUGGUGAACCAGCUCUAUCAGCUGCAGCUGGCGUACCAACGUUUACAAAUCCAGCAGCAGAUGUUACAGGCCCAGCGAAACGUUUCCGGACCCAUGAGACAGCAGGAGCAGCAAGUUGCACGUACAAUCAAUAACAUGCAGCAGCAGAUCCAGCAGCACCAGCGCCAGCUGGCCCAGGCCCUGCUCGUGAAGCAGCAGCAGCAGCAGCAGCAGCCGCCCCCCCCUCCGCACCUAUCUUUGCACCCCUCUGCAGGCAAAUCAGCCAUGGAGAGCUUCUCACCCCAUCCCCAGGGGCCCGGCCUACCCGACCUGCAGACCAAAGAGCAGCAGUCUUCACCCAACACCUUUGCUCCUUACCCCCUGGCCGGACUGAACCCCAACCUGAAUGUAAACAGCCUGGACAUUACUGGUGGUUUAUCAGUGAAGGACACCCCUCAGUCUCAAUCUCGCCUUCCUCAGUGGACUCACCCCAACUCGAUGGAAAGUCUGUCCACUGCUGCUUCUCCACUUGAUCAGAACCCCAGCAAGCACGGUGCUAUCCCCGGAGGCUUAAGCAUCGGGCCUCCGGGUAAGGCCUCCAUCGAUGACUCCUUCGGCCGGUACGACCUGAUCCCCAACAGCGAGCCGCCAGCCAGCCCUCCCGUCGCCGUCCCCCACAGCUGGUCACGUGCCAAAUCCGACAAUGAGAAAAUCUCCAACGGCUCCAGCAUCAGCUGGCCCCCGGAGUUUCAUCCUGGAGUGCCGUGGAAAGGACUGCAGAACAUCGACCCCGAGAACGACCCCGACGUCACUCCCGGAAGCGUCCCCACCGGCCCGACCAUUAAUACCACGAUCCAGGACGUUAACCGCUAUCUUCUCAAAAGUGGAGGUAAACUGUCGGACAUCAAAUCCACCUGGUCCUCCGGUGCCGCCUCGCACACCCAAGCCUCUCUGUCUCACGAGCUCUGGAAGGUCCCCAGAAACACUCCCGCCCCCACGAGACCGCCUCCGGGCCUGACCAACACCAAGCCAUCGUCCAGCUGGGGAGCUGGCCCGCUGGGCUGGACCAGCUCCUACUCCUCGGGUUCGGCCUGGAGCACUGACAGCUCAGGAAGGACAAGCAGCUGGCUGGUCCUGCGCAACCUGACACCCCAGAUUGAUGGUUCCACACUGCGGACCCUGUGCUUACAACACGGUCCUCUGAUCACAUUCCACCUGAACCUGACUCAAGGGAACGCCGUGGUCCGAUACAGUUCGAAGGAGGAAGCCGCCAAGGCCCAGAAGUCUCUGCAUAUGUGCGUCCUGGGCAACACUACCAUCUUGGCGGAGUUUGCCGGGGAGGAAGAGGUGAACCGUUUCUUAGCACAAGGCCAGCCCCUGCCGCCCACCUCCAGUUGGCAGUCCAACACUGGAACCAAUCAGACUCGGCUGGGCUCCACGGGCGGCGCCCACGGCCUGGUGCGGGGGGACGCGGGCCACUGGAACGCCCCCUGCCUGGGCGGCAAAGGCGGCGGCGACCUGCUGUGGGGCGGGGUCCCCCAGUACUCCAGCAGCCUGUGGGGGCCCCCCAGCGCCGAGGACGGCAGGGUCGUGGGCAGCCCGACCCCCCUCAACACCCUGCUGCCCGGGGACCUGCUGAGCGGAGAGUCCAUCUAGAGACCGACC